ACGUGCUGCUGGGUGCUGAUGCUGCCAGCUGGUCGCUGCUCUCUUUUCGCUGCUACACUGCAUCUCUACUGCGAGAAACUCCAGAGCAUCCAACAAAGACCUUACGCUGUUUUCCCUGGCAUUUAUUCGUUUAUAACCACCGCUUUGUUACCAAGACGAAAUGGUCUGUGUUUAAUUAAAUCACGGCUACUGAGUCCUUUAUUUUAUACGUAAAUCACUUUAACUGUUUGCCUCCAUCUCUUAAGUUCAGUUUUUUUUGGUUAAGCUUACUGGAAUGUUAGUUAUACACUGAGGCAUGAUAUGCUAUUAAUAAUGCAUAUUUGAUCCUGAAAACUGAACCAGGUUAACAUUUCGAGAAUAUAUAAGUAACGGGUAAUCUUUGUAUUAAUAAUCUCCUUGAUUUAUUUUCUUCAUCGCAUUGGAUUAUAUUACAAGGGAAAUGGUUAAAGGAAUCAAGGCAAUGUCAACAUCUUUUGAUUUUAGAUAGCAAUUGCAAACCGGAAUCUGGGAGAAUUUUUCUUGCAAUUCAAGGCAGCUAUUUUCAUGCAAAAAAGCACCCAAAAGUGACGCUGUUGCUGCAAAGACAAAACGCCCCUUUUCUGCCAACUAUUCACAGGCAAUCGGAAUUUAAAACUAUUGCCUCAAACUCGUUUUGGCUUCGCCUCUUACAAAAAAAAUAAUCUUGAAAAAGGAAAGGGCGAUGGAAGUUUUUCCAGUUAUCUUCAUUCUGCCAAUCUUCUGGACUCUAACCUGGGACUCCGUGGCUGCUGAUUCUAUUAUACAUAUUGGGGCGAUUUUUGAUGAAUCUGCCAAAAAGGAUGAUGAAGUGUUUCGCUUGGCGGUGGCCGACCUCAACCUGAACGAGGAAAUCUUAUCGACAGAGAAAAUCACUUUUUCUGUGACAUUUGUGGAUGGAAACAACCCUUUCCAGGCUGUACAGGAAGCUUGUGAGCUCAUGAAUCACGGAAUCUUAGCACUGGUCAGCUCCAUCGGCUGCAUGUCAGCAGGAUCUAUACAGUCCUUGGCAGAUGCCAUGCACAUCCCCCACCUCUUCAUCCAGCGUGCCCCAGCCGGGACGCCCCGCUCCAGCUGCAGCAUCAUCCACCGUCUAACGAACGAAGACUACACUCUGUUUGUGCGUCCGCCAGUGUACCUUAAUGAGGUCAUUCUCAGAGUUGUUGCAGAAUAUGCCUGGCAAAAAUUCAUCAUCUUUUAUGACACGGAAUACGACAUCCGAGGUAUCCAGGAUUUCUUGGACAAGGUCUCCCAACAGGGAAUGGAUGUCGCUCUCCAAAAAGUAGAAAACAACAUCAACAAGAUGAUAACAGGGAUGUUUACCACCAUGCGAAUCGAAGAACUGAACCGUUACAGGGACACACUGCGCCGGGCCAUCCUCUUCAUGAGCCCAUCCACGGCAAAGGCUUUUAUCUCUGAGGUCGUAGAAACCAACCUUGUGGCUUUUGACUGCCAUUGGAUCAUCAUAAAUGAGGAAGUAACUGACUUGGAUGUGCAAGAGCUGGUGAGAAGGUCCAUAGGGAGGCUAACAAUUAUCAGACAGACAUUUCCUAUGCCACAGAACACGAGUCAGCGGUGUAACCGAGGCAACCACAGAAUAUCAACUUCAUUGUGUGACCAAAAGGAUCCUUAUGCCCAAAAUAUGGAGAUUACAAACCGAUACAUCUAUGACACAGUGCUGCUGUUGGCCAAUGCCUUCCAUAAAAAGCUGGAGGAUCGGAAAUGGCACAGCAUGGCAAGCCUGAGUUGUAUCCGGAAGAAUUCCAAACCAUGGCAAGGAGGACGUUCGAUGUUAGACACUGUCAAGAAGGGUGGAGUCAGUGGUUUAACAAGCUUUCUGGAAUUAAAUGACAAUGGAGUGAAUCCGAACAUCCAUUUUGAAAUUCUGGGGACAAACUAUGGAGAGGACCUUGGUAGAGGCAUUCGCAAGCUAGGUAGUUGGAAUCCAGUCACUGGCCUGAAUGGGACUCUCACAGACAGGAAACUGGAGAACAACAUGCGGGGAGUGGUGCUGCGUGUGGUGACAGUGCUGGAGGAGCCUUUUGUGAUGGUGUCUGAAAAUGUUCUGGGGAAACCAAAAACAUACAGAGGCUUCUCUAUUGAUGUCCUGGAUGCUUUAUCAAGUUACCUGGGGUUUAAAUAUGAAAUCUAUGUGGCCUCGGAUCACAAAUAUGGAAGUCCGCAGGCAGAUGGGGCCUGGAAUGGCCUGAUAGGGGAGCUGGUUUUCAAGAGAGCUGAUGUAGGGAUUUCAGCCUUAACCAUUACCCCAGACCGGGAAAAUGUGGUUGACUUUACAACCCGCUACAUGGAUUAUUCAGUGGGGGUGCUGUUGAAGAAAGCUGAAAGGACGGUAGACAUGUUUGCCUGCUUGGCACCCUUUGAUCUCUCUCUGUGGGCGUGUAUAGCUGGCACAGUCCUGCUGGUAGGAAUAUUGGUAUACCUACUGAACUGGUUCAACCCUCCUCGACUGCAGAUGGGCUCAAUGACGUCCACCACUCUUUAUAACUCCAUGUGGUUCGUCUAUGGCUCUUUUGUUCAACAAGGGGGUGAGGUUCCCUACACCACACUGGCAGCUCGAAUGAUGAUGGGGGUCUGGUGGCUGUUUGCCUUGAUUGUUAUCUCUUCAUACACUGCAAACCUGGCAGCUUUUCUCACAAUCACCCGCAUUGGAAACUCUAUACAGUCUCUACAGGACCUCUCGAAGCAGACGGACAUCCCCUACGGCACAGUGCUGGACUCUGCAGUGUACGACCACGUGAGGACGAAAGGCAUGAAUCCUUUUGAGAGAGACAGCAUGUACUCCCAGAUGUGGAAGAUGAUCAACCGAACCAGCAGCGCUGAGAACAACGUUGAGGAAUCCCAGGAGGGCAUUCGGAGGGUGAAAUAUGGAAACUUCGCCUUUAUAUGGGAUGCAGCAGUUUUGGAAUAUGUGGCCAUCAAUGAUGCAGACUGCUCUUUUUACACAGUGUGGAAUGCAGUGGUUGACAGAGGAUAUGGAAUUGCCCUACAACAUGGCAGUCCCUAUAGAGACAUAUUUUCUCAAAGGAUUUUGGAACUCCAGCAGAAUGGCGAUAUGGAUGUUCUGAAGCACAAAUGGUGGCCAAAAGACAGUCACUGUGAUCUUUACUCUUUGGUCAACACAAAGCAGAAGGGAAGUGCUUUGGAUAUCAAGAGCUUUGCUGGAGUCUUCUGUAUUCUGGCUGCUGGCAUUGUCCUGUCCUGUUUCAUAGCAAUGUUAGAGACAUGGUGGAACAAGAGAAAAGGCUCUAGAGUACCAUCUAAAGAGGAUGAUAAGGAGAUAGACCUGGAGCACCUCCAUCGGCGGGUGAAUAGCCUCUGCACAGAGGAUGACAGCCCCCACAAGCAGUUCUCCACCUCCUCCAUUGACCUUCCUCUGGACAUCGACUCGCUGCCCACACGGCAAGCUCUGGAGCAGAUCAGUGACUUCCGGAACACACACAUCACCACCACCACCUUCAUCCCUGAACAGAUCCAGACUCUGAGCCGCAGCCUGUCAGCCAAAGCUGCCUCCGGAUUCACCUUUGGGGGCAUGCAAGAUCACCGAACUGGCCCUUUUAGGCAAAGGGCUCCCAAUGGAGGCUUUUUCAGGAGCCCCAUCAAGACAAUGUCAACUAUCCCUUACCAGCAAACACCCUCUCCUGGCUUUAACUUUGGCAACGACCCCGAUCGAGGCACCUCAAUAUAAGUUUGACAAAGGGGGAAGAAAUUCUAGCUUUUAAGGGGUUUUCUUUGUUUCAUUUUCAUUUUCAUUUCGGAACUCCAUUUCUAUAGGAGCAACACUCAUGUAAUGGACUAACAUGGAUGUAACUUUUUAAAUUCAUAUUAAGUAUCAGCUCUAUUUCUCCCACAUAUAACCGCAAUAACUCAAGUCUGAUUUGAUUUUGGUAUUCUUUCAUUCUAAUUUUUUCUGUCACGUUCCAUUAGUGAUAUGCUGCUGUUGUGUGUUAAUUUAUGGACCAAAGGCAAACCCUGCAGCGUGAGAGAGUGUCACCCCUGUUUUGAUGAAAGGCAAUUUACUUUUAUGUUUUAACCUAGGAUUGUCUCAAGCCAUCGCAAUGCCAGUAUAAAAAAAAUAAAACAGUAAAAAAAAACAGUUCAUAAAUGGCUGCACUGUGUAACAGUGCAUUCUGAUGUAAUGUGAUUAUAUGUUAUUAAAUGCAGAUAUGUUUUCUUAUGUACAGUACUGGUUAUUUUAAUGUUAAUGUCUCGAUUAUGAUAACCCAGUUACCAUUUUGGGGGGAGAAAAUGACUGCAGCCAUGGCUUUUACCGUAGAUUUUUUUUAAUAACUAAGCUUUAGUAAGUGGAAUUGUCUUAUUAAAAAUAAAGAUGCACAACAUAAGGAAUUGUCCUUCUUCUUUUUUCAAACCAUAAUUUGAGUGCUUAUGGAAUUCUGGUUUGUGUCAUCAGCUGUAAUGGCUUAUUUUGUGCUUUUUAUUCAACUAUCCAGGGUAAGUGAAUGUCAUUUGUGUGAUUAGAAAUGCAUUUGCUAUGUGGCAAUGGAAAGACAUCUCAAGAUUAUAUUGUGCUGUUUAAAAUAGAAAAUAGAAAGCACAAUUUACACAGCACCAAAAAUGAUAAAAGAAGAGGGUCUCCAUGCCUUAAUUCUCUUCAUUUAAAAGUUUUACUCUUAAUUGAAUAAACCUUGCAAUUUAAAUUGGUUCUACUAUAGACAAAGUGCCAAGCAAAAUAGUGAGACAAUACAACUCUAUAUGCCUUUCUGAUUCAUUUUUUAGUUCUUAAUAUAGUAUGUGUUAUGCCAACUGUUAAAAGGCUGUUAAAGUGCAGUAUAGAAAAAUCCCAGCCUGCUGCCAAACCUUUCACUAACACCAUCUUACUAUUUCAUAAUGUUAGACAUUUAGAAUGAGCUUUUCAGUUUGUUAUCUUAAUACUAAUUGCAAAUGUGGUAAGUAGAGAGCAGCAACUUCUGUGGUUGAUGCAAGCAUUAGAUGUUACUUUACUUAACCGUGGCUAAUGAAUGAUAAUAGGAAACAGACAACAUUGGGAUUCUUUAGCAUAAAUAAAGAAACAUUAGUAAAACAAUAUUUUAAAUAUUUAUGCUAAUUCCGUUCUGAUAAAGAGCAUCAUAUAGCAACAUCACUGUUUUUGUAGUAUAUCUUACAGCAUUGCUUACAGUGUAAGGCAACCCCAUUUCUUAUCACAGAAACACGAUUUUUGGGGGAAGGAUGCAAAUUUCUAAAGAAAAGCAUGCACAACUUGCUAAGCCUGUAACAUUCUUAAUUUCAUAUAUAGGUCAUACAGAAUGAUUUGAUUAUUUCAUCUGAUUACAAUGUAUAGUAUUUAAUAUAGGCCUAUUUUGUUGUAUGUGUUGCAUAUUAUACAAACUGAAAAAAUUGGGGCCUCUAUUACAAGUGGCAAAGCUUCUGUGUAUAAUGUGUCUAAUAAAC